AUGAAGCGCCGCAGCUGGAUGAGGGAUAAGAGGGCGCAUGCUGAUGUUGAAGUUGUGCCAGAUCGCAGCCAUCGCAGAAUACCAUUUACAGCAUGGGUGAGGCGAUUCGCAAACCUCCGCAAUUCGUCACUGGACUCGCCUCGGUCCUCGAAGAAGGGGCAUCUACAUUCGAAAUCGGAGAAAGCACCAGUAAUCAAGAACAAUCCGUACCCAGAAUCCGGCUACAUGCACCGCCCGCCUCCUCCAGAUGGCAGCACAAAUGGUCACCUGUCAUUCUCUACUACGCCCACCUCUCGCGACAAUGAGAGCUAUGCAUCAAACGACGGAGACUCGGUCUCUCAGAACGCGCCGGCCGUCAGCGACAAGUCAGCAGCACCGACUCUAGCCACGAACCCUGAGACGGUGCACUCCGACGCCGGGCAGUCGAAGACCGGAACAAGCAACACGGUGGGCGGCGGUCUGAGCUCGCAGGACGGCGGAAGGGACAGCACAUUCUCGUCGCCGAACCACUCGCAGCAGUCCCUAACAACAACUCUCACAACCAUCCAGUCGACCGCACCGUCAGCGCUGCUCGGCCAAAACCACGGAUCCAACUCCCAGCACAAUGCACAAUCUCAGCAAGCGCCAGUCCACUUCUCCCACCAAUACCCCAUCUCGCCGCCCGCAUCCGCCCUCCCCGCGCAUCUCGCGCCCCAGCCAAACCCGCACACCUACAGUGCCGCCACCGCGAACAACAUGCUGACAGACAACGCCUCGAUCCUCACGCUCGCCUCCUCAUCCAAGCGCCGUCGACGCCACAGUCUCGACACCGACGCCUCCGUGCGCGCCCUAGCUCCGUCCUCCGUCUGGGGCGGCAGCCGCGAGUCCCUGCCCCUGAGCGUCCUCUCUGGCAACGUCGAAGCCGGCAGCGGCAUCUACGCUUCCGGCCCGCGUCCCAGCGUAGGUGGCCUCGCCAGCGCGGAGCGCGCAAGCGUGUACUCGUCGUCCGGCGUGGCGCCUGGUGCACUCAGCAGCGAGAGGAACAGCUACUACGCCAACAAGGUCGACGGCGGCAGCGUGAGGAGCGGACUGUUCGGACAUGGCAGAACCGAAAGCAUCAACGGUAGUAUUGGAGGCCCGACGCUGGUGCCUGGAAGUCCGUUGGCGAGUCCGAACAUGUUGGGGGGCCCAGGCAGGAUGAGUAGGCGGAGCUCGGAUCGGAGGGAGGCGUAUGGGGAGAGCGAUGCUGAGGAUGGGGAGGAGGUUGGUCACGGUAAUUGGAAGCAGCCGGUUAAGGAGAAUGCUGCUUGA